GAGAGUCAAACAGUUUAGCGUUGAUCAUGAAUUUGGGAAUAGAAUCUUUAAACAUUUUAAAAUAAAAUUCACAUAUUUUUGAACUACUCCCACCGUUCUUUUUUAACAAUUUUUUAAUUCUAACUUUCCACGUGACAUAUUUAAUAUCACACGGUUAAAUGAUAUUUUGGUACAUACUAGAUAGUUUAGUUUAAGACCACAACAUUCAAAAGUUUCGUGCCAAGUAAAAACUAGACAAAGCAAAUUGAAAUGGAUGGAGUAAUAUUUUGGGUGUUAUAUUCUGUCUAUAGACUGUGUUAGAUGGUUUUUUUGUCGCACAACACAACCACGUAGAUUAUGUACCUGGGGACAUGGGUUUUAGUGCUUUUACCUUACUAUGAUUUGAGCUAAUUUUGCCAAUGAAGUAACAGUGAGGAUAUGGAAUGAUUGCUUGCCACAGCAAUGGAAGUGAUGUAGUAGGUCGGUUCCCAUGGGUUAGUCAAAGUUUGAGGACUCAACUGUCAGUAGGAUUAAAGAGAUGAACGUUAUCCCCUCUAAUUUGCAACCCUGAACAUACUUGAGCAUCCCAAGCCAACUGCUUUGAAAUCCUAUUGGUAUCUCGGACCGUCAAAUUGGCAGAUGCUUCUCUUGGAGGCCUAUUCUAUGUGAUGGUCAAUCAACUGUUUUACGUUUACUGUCGCCAUCUAGAAUACUAUUAUUUCAUUUUACAAAUUCUGUUGUACAAGAACAAGGGUGAUAUCCAAAGUUGUAACAAGUAUAGGAGUAUCAAGUUGCUAAGCCACACUAUGAAAGUUUGGGAGAGAGUGAAAAUGAGGGUGAGGAGGGGUGUUUCUAUUUCCGAUAACUAGUUGGGAUUUAUGCUGGGGCGAUCAACCACAAAAUCCAUUCAUUAAGGAGUUUGGUGGAGAAACAUAUGGAGAGGAAGUGGGACUUACAAGUUACAUAUGGCGUUCUUUGACCUAGAAAAGACAAUAUGAUAAAGUUCCAACGCGAGUUCUAUGGAGAUGUUUAGAGGCUAGAGGUGUACCUGUGGCGUACGCUAGGACGAUUAAAGACGCGUACGAUGUAGCCAAGUCCCGGGUAAGGACAGUAGUUGGACACUCGGACUACUUCCCAGUCGUGAUGCGGUUGCACCACAGAUCAGCUUUUUGCCUGUUUUAUUUACCUUGGUGAUGGAUGAAUUGACACGUUAUAUCCAAGGUGAGGUCCCAUGGUGCAUGAUAUUUGCAGAUGACAUAGUAUUGAUUGACUGGCUCGCGGCAGAGUUAACGCUAAGCUGGAGGUUUGGAGACAAACCUUGGAGUCCAAAGGGUUUAGGUUGAGCAGGACCAAAACAGAAUACUUGGAGUGCAAGUUCAAGAACGUAAGGCAUGAGGCUAGCGUGGAAGUGAGGCUGGAUUCACAAGCCAUUAGAGAGGAAGUUUCAAGUAUCUUGGGUCUAUAAUUCAAGGAAAUGGUGAAUCGACAAUGAUGUCACACAUCAUAUUGGUGCGUUGUGGAUGAAAUGGAGGCUCGCAUCCUGAGUCUUGUGCGAUAAGAAUGUGCCACCAAAACUCAAAAAGUGUUAUUGUCGAAGCGCUCAAGGUGGACAGUCUGCAGAAACUCUGCUCAUCACUGGAGCCAAUUCUUCGGAGAGUUGUUAGUGAAGAAGUGGAGCGUGCUUUAGCAAAACUUGGCCCUACUAAACUUAAUGCAAGGGUUUCUCCAAAAAGAAUUGAAGGGCCAGAUGGGAGAAAUUUGCAGCUUCAAUUCAGGUCUAAAUUGUCACUACCUCUCUUUACCGGAGGGAAAGUAGAAGGAGAGAAGGGUUCCGCAAUCCAUGUUGUCUUGCUGGAUGGAAAUACGGGCCAUGUUGUAACAUCAGGUCCAGAAUCCUCUCUUAAACUAGAUGUUGUUGUGCUUGGAGGAGAUUUCAAUAAUGAGGAUGAUGAUGGUUGGACUGAAGAAGACUUCGAGUCUCACAUUGUGAAGGAGCGUGAUGGGAAAAGGCCGCUUCUUACAGGAGACUUGCAAGUGAUAUUGAAGGAAGGUGUAGGUAGUCUUGGUGAAUUUUCAUUUACUGACAACUCUAGCUGGAUUAGAAGCAGAAAGUUCAGGCUAGGCUUAAAAGUUGUGUCAGGUUGUCGAGAGGGAAUUCACAUUCGUGAGGCAAAAACAGAAGCCUUCAGUGUGAAGGAUCAUCGAGGAGAAUUGUACAAGAAACAUUAUCCACCUGCAUUAAAUGAUGAUGUUUGGAGAUUGGAAAAGAUAGGGAAAGAUGGAUCCUUCCACAAGAGGCUAAAUAAAGCUGGCAUAUUUACAGUGGAAGACUUUCUACGACUCAUCGUGAGAGACACUCAGAGGCUCAGAAAUAUCUUGGGAAGUGGAAUGUCAAAUAAAAUGUGGGAUGCUCUUGUGGAGCAUGCUAAGACCUGUGUUCUUAGUGGGAAGCUUUAUGUCUAUUAUCCUGAUGAUAUGAAGAGUGUUGGGGUUGUUUUUAGCAAUAUCUAUGAGUUGUGUGGUUUAAUCUCUGGUGGACAGUAUCAUUCAGUUGAUUCUCUUUCAGACGAUCAAAAGGAAUAUGUGGACAACUUAGUCAAGAAAGCAUAUGACAACUGGAUGCAUGUUGUUGAAUAUGAUGGCCAAUCUCUUUUAAGCAUUAAUCAGAAUAAAAGCUCAGAUGCUCCUCAGUAUGAUCUUACAACUGGCUCUCAGAACCAUUCUAGUUCUUUUGAUCAUCAACUUAAUCUACCAAGCGUUCCUGGUUCAACUUCAUCAGAGCAGCCUCCUAUUAAUCCAGGAUUGAACAUGGGAUUGGAAGGGUAUAACGGUAGUCUUAUGGGUACAUAUACCACACAGUCUCAGAACACGAAUCUAAGUGUCAAUGAACAGUUAAGUGGUGCUUCAUUUCCUCAAAACCACUUUGUAGGCACGUCGCAACAAGCUCAGCCACCUGGAAGUGAGAGUAUAUUGGCCCUUCACCCAUCACAGUCUUCAUUUUCUAGCUUUUUUGCUGCUAGCACUUCUAAUACAUCCUAUAAAGGAGCUGAUGAGUUCUUCACCACUGAGGAAGAAAUACGCACAAGAAGUCAUGAAAUGCUAGAGAACGACGACAUGCAACAUCUUCUCCAUAUUUUCAACAUGGGUGGCCAGCAUCAUCAUGCUUCUUCUAGUACCUCAGAAGAUAAUAAUUACCCAUAUGCAUCAUCUUACAUGCCCAGCAUGUCUUCUUCAAGCUUUGGUAUUAAUGAGGACCGGACUCGUUCAGGAAAGGCUGUUGUUGGGUGGCUCAAACUUAAAGCAGCAUUGAGAUGGGGCAUUUUCAUCAGGAAGAAAGCCGCAGAGAAAAGAGCUCAAAUUAUUGAAUUGGAUGACUCCUAGAUUUGAUCUUUACACUUCUCAGUUCUCAUAGCAUCCACUUGGAGGCUGAAUACACUUCGAAUUUGAUUGCUUGUGACGUAUGUGUGCAAUGGGAUGUUUGGGCUUUCUCUCAUGAGUCAGGAGCACUAUCACUCGCUAUUUGAGUUUGUCGUUCAGCCAUGAAUACGCAUCUGGUGUGGUGCUAGUUUAGGCUCAAUCCAACAUCUGGAAGUGGUCUGCGAUUGUACUCUCCUUCGAGGGAACAAUCAUUAGUUAGUGCUAAUGAUUUUCUCAGCAUAUGAUCUGUAUUUCUUGGUUCUGACGGAUUCCCAUGAUUAGACCCGUGUUGAAAAGUACAUGAGCUACUUCUUGGAGACAUGCAAGUAACUUCAUUUCUCUUAAACUCAAGAUGUUUGUUAGCGCUAGUUUACUUUCUUAUUGAUGUUGACUGUAAUUCCUAGAGUUUUGUUGCAAAACCUGUUUCAAUCAGAUAAUGUUUGCUUUGUAAACAGUUGUAUAGGGAACUGAUAAAAAUAUGAUAUUUGGGUGCUCUAACCAUUUGUUGUACA